AGCUCAGAGCUCAGAGAUACUGGCGCCGCUCGGAACCGAACUAAAGUAGCCUCGCCACAUAUUUGAGCUCCUGAAGCCUCCGCAGCUCCUCGGGUCGCCCUCAGCGCUGCGGUCACACUCGGACCGGACCGGACCCCAGGAGGCGACACUGCAGCCCGGAGCCCAGCUGCUGCUGCGGGGGGAGGACGAGCAGGCGAUGCAGCAGCCGAAGCCAGAGGUCAAGAAGAAACGCGGACGGACGGUGAAGAGGUAGAAGCCGCCGGAGGGGGGGGCGUCCGAGCCCCGAACAGCCGCUACGCUGCAGCCGAGACGAUGUGAGGAGCGGAACAUGUUCUCAGAGAUGAUGUGCAGGAGGUUCUGGCAGCAGGAGGUGAAGGAGGCGCCGCUCCGGGCCGAGCGCAGGAAGCCCGGCCGGGCCCGGAGCUGCAGGGGGCGGCUGCAGGGGCCGCGGGCCGCAGGGCGAGGCCGGACCGGGGGGGCCCGCGGCCAGCAGCAGCGGCCGGACAGGCUGUCGCUGCGACCCGUCAACGUAAAGGGGAACCGGGCCAGGGGCAUGCGGGCCCCCAAGAACACCAACCAGUUCCUGAUGCACGAGAAGUACCAAAUGCUGCACAUGAGGUCCGACUCGGUGGGCAGCGACAGUGGCUGCAGCUCCGACAGCGACGCGGAGCUCACCGACAUGGACUCGUACCUGGGAGUCCUGGAGAACGCCAGGGGAGCCCUGCUGGACAGUCCGAACCCGCACGGGUCCGCAUCGGCGCCCGGACCCUUCCUGGUUCUGCAGGAGGGUCUGGUUCUGCAGGAGGACAGCAUGCAGUACUUCCCGUCCGAGGACGACCUGCUGCAGAGCCAGAACUUCAUGCAGAAGGACUUCGUGGAGUUCUGCGACGUCCUGACGCCCUGAAGGGAACUUUCAGGAUCUAUUUUGUUCUCAGCGGGUCUGGAGGAAGUCGAGCGGUUCUGGUCGUGAAGGAUCUGCUCACAGGAUCAGAUCAGUCACCAGCAGAACUCAACUUUUUGAAGCUCGUGGCGUGUUUUUAACUCCUGCUGCCUUUUAUGAGACUCGAGACCAGAACCGCGGACUGUUGGGUCGCUGUGGUUCCGCUCAGACUGGCUGCUGACAGUGUUUCUACACGGUUGUGUGCUCAGUGUGUGUGUUUGUGCGUCUGUUGUUGUUGUUGUUGCUCACACAAAGACAAAAGGGCUGGAUGGGGGAGUGGGCCCCGGCAGCCAAUCAGCAGCCAGCUGGUGGCUCAGGCUGCAGCUGAUUGGCUGAUGCAGACUGUCAUUAAUAAAAUAAC